AUGGUGCCGGACCGAUUUGAUCCGAAUGAGCUAGUCAUCAGACAAUGCAAAAUGGAGAUAUCUUGUACUGUUUUACUAGUCAAUGCACGAAAUGAUGACAUGGAUAUGGAUGACAUACUCAAGUGGUCCCAAGCAAUCAUUGUCCUUUUCUCCAUCACAAGUCGUCGUAGUUUCUAUCGCGCUCAGGAGCUGAUCGAAACACUGAAACAGACUUGCACAGUCUCCGGUCGUGCUUCCACCCUGUCCCCACAACGACAGUCAAUGCAUGCUACUCCGGGUUCCAGUACGGCCACAUCUCCCCUAUCACCCAUUGGACCUGGCAAUAGUGGAUCAUUGAGACGUUCCGCCGUGUACGGAUCUUCGAAUAUCAAACCGCCCACCGUGAUUCUGGUGGCAAACAAGUCGGAUCUGGAUCGUUUCCGAUUGGUGGAGAAAAUGGAAGCGGAGGAAUUCGCCAAACGGCACAGUAUUCCGUACUAUGAGACCACUGCAGCGGAAAGCUAUCAGGAAGUUCAAUCAAUUUUUCAUUCCGUUGUUAGAUUGUCCUCCGGAGGUCGUCUAGCCAAGUCACGCGGACCGAACGGAUCUGGAGCAUUUGUCUCACGUCAAUUAGUCUCCAGCAACACUUCAUUAGGCUCAUCGACUGGAAGCGUUCUGUCGAGUUUGGCAGUCUCACCUGGGUUAUUGUUACAGAAAAAAAGCAUACCACCCGGUUCAACCUCGCCCAUUAGUCCGAAUGAAGCGAAUUCCUCUGCUUCUGGGGGUGAAUCUGAUCAACCGAGCAGUGGUCCAGUAUCUAAACUGACCAAUCUUCGUUUCCGUGGUGCAAGUCCACCUACUUUCGCGAAGAAUUUUCGAAGUCCCAGUCCAGGAUGGCCCGUCGGUCGUAGUCCGAGUGAGAGCGGACCUCACACUAAUCCCGGGCAGGCGGGCUCCGGGUCGUCACUAAUCAGUUCCCCUCAAUCAGCACCACCUAUUCCACCACCACCAGUCACAAUGUCAAGGUUGAUGGCAACUACCUCGGCGAUAGCAAGUCCAACCGGGACCAGUUCAGAACAAACAGCUCAACCGCCCCCUCCAUUACCACCACCGCCUCCACCACCACCCCAUCAAUCAAACUCGAGUAGAGCAACCACCCCG